AUGUCUUCAGAACCUAUUCCUCCUCUGAAUUCAAUCACUCAUUCGACUGUCUCCCAAAAUUCCUAUAAGGAAGAUAGCAAUGACUUGAAUAACCAUUCUCCUACUGACUAUCACGGUUCUGAAAAUAAUGACAGUUUGAACAAUGAGAAUGAUUAUUUGAAAAAAACAGAUGAAGAUAUUGCUCCAACUAGCAAAAUUACUGAAAUCCCUAGGAAACCUGCUUCUGCCUACAUAACUGUCUCACUCCUAUGUUUAAUGAUAGCCUUCGGUGGUUAUAUAUUCGGAUGGGAUACAGGUACUAUCGGGGGUUUCAUCAAUCAAACCGACUUUCAAAGAAGAUUUGGUCAAAGAGCAGCUGAUGGUACUUAUUAUUUCUCUAAGGUUCGGACCGGUUUGAUUGUAUCUAUUUUUAAUAUCGGUUGUGCCAUAGGUGGUAUUGCUUUCUCCAGAAUUGGGGAUGUGUGGGGUAGAAGACUUGCACUGGUUUGGGUCUCUGUCGUUUAUAUGAUUGGUUUAGCUAUAUCAAUAUCUUCUAUCGAUAAAUGGUACCAAUAUUUUAUUGGUAGAAUCAUUUCCGGUAUGGGUGUAGGUGGGAUCGCCGUCUACUCCCCUCUAAUGAUCUCAGAAGUAUCCCCAAAACAUAUCAGAGGUACCCUUAUUGCAUGCUAUCAAUUGAUGAUCACGCUAGGUAUCUUCAUAGGUUAUUGUACAAACUUUGGUACCAAGCGUUACAGUAAUUCAACUCAAUGGAGAGUGCCAUUAGGUUUGGGUUUCGCAUGGGCCUUGCUAAUGAUUGCUGCAAUGUUUUUUGUCCCUGAAUCUCCAAGAUUCCUAAUCGAGGUUGGUAGAAUAGAGGAUGCCAAGAAAUCCAUUGCCAGAUCAAACAAAGUCGAUGUUAAUGAUACAUCGGUACAAGAUGAGGUCGAUCUACUUCGCAGCAGCAUUGAAAUGGAAAGAGCCGCAGGUAAUGCUACAUGGAGGGAGUUGUUUUCUCCAAAGGAUAAAAUCUUACAAAGAUUAAUAAUGGGUAUCUUUAUUCAAUCUCUACAACAAUUAACAGGUGCUAAUUAUUUCUUCUAUUAUGGUACCUCCAUCUUCAAGUCUGUCGGUUUAGAAGACUCUUUUGAAACUUCCAUUAUUAUCGGUGUUGUGAAUUUUGUUUCCACUUUUUUUGGGAUUUAUUUUGUCGAAAUGUUUGGCCGUAGAAAAUGUUUACUAUGGGGCUCUGCUGCAAUGAUAUGUUGUUAUGCAGUCUACGCGUCGGUAGGUGUGACACGUCUAUAUCCAAAUGGUAAAGGUCAACCAUCUUCAAAGGGUGCAGGAAACUGUAUGAUCGUCUUCACUUGUUUUUUUAUCUUCUCUUUUGCCACCACAUGGGCUCCAAUCGCAUUCGUUGUUGUGGCAGAGACUUUCCCAUUAAGAAUCAAGGCUAAAGGUAUGUCAAUCUCAAUCUCUGCAAAUUGGACUUGGAAUUUCUUAAUCAGUUUUUUCACACCUUUUAUUACUGAUGCAAUCAAUUUCUAUUAUGGGUAUGUCUUCAUGGGAUGUUGUGUAUUCGCCUUUUUGUAUGUUUUCUUCUUUGUGCCAGAAACUAAGGGAUUGACUUUAGAAGAGGUUAAUACUAUGUGGCAAGAAAAUGUUUUGCCAUGGAAGUCUUCUAAUUGGAUUCCUCCAGCAAGAAGAUCUGCAGACUACAAUGCUGAGGAGUUGGCACAUGAUGAGAGACCUUGGUAUAAAAAGAUGCUUGGUUGA